AAAACUCCUCACUUCUAGGGAUUUCUAGCUGCUAGAAAUUUCAAAACUCUGCGCCAUUCCCGAAGAUUUCAGCACACAGAUGGUUGGAAUUUUCCAAUUAAUGGACCUAGCAACGAUCACUUACCUGUGUGUGUGUAUUAGUUAAAAGGAUCUGUACAAGUGACUAGUAAAACACGUGUUUGGAUUUCAAAGAGAAGGAAGAUUUAUGAGAAGGUUGGAACUUGAAGGAUUUUUAAUGAUUAUGGAACUAUGGUGAAAAUUUUAGAUGUUGAGCGACGAAUAAUCGCUGGAAAGUGGGAGUGAAUUUAUUAAAGAACCACGUUGAAUUACGCAAAGCUUCAAAUCAGAAAGACAAGACUGGAAUCUGGCUGACUAGAACACAAGUGAAUAUUACAAAUCCAUUGCUGUCGACAGCACAGUAGACUUGGACACCUUUGCAAGUUUGGGAACUGUCAAUGUUGCAGACGGUUGGCGCUGAAGAUUUAACAAAAAAUGAAGCGACGAGAUGACAGUCCAUGAUAAGUUCUCACUCUAAGAUCAUUACCGAUAGGAUCAAGCAUGCUGUGUCUAUCUUCCUGGAGAAGGCGCUGCUGGAAGUCGUGGCUGUUGGUAGGGUUGGUACUGGGAUGUGGCGCAUUCUGCGGGGUUCAGGCUGCAAAUCAAAAGCUAAGGAGAUCUCAGUGGGUGAACAGGCCCCGACAACGGCGACAGGCGUGGAUCAGUGAAUGGUCAGCAUGGGGGAGCUGGAGUGUUUGUUCCGGCACCUGUGGAGGGGGAGCAUCUUUCCGGAUUAAGCGUUGCCUGAGAUAUGCCAAUGCAGAAGGCUGUCGAGGUGAUCAGAGACAGUACAGAGUUUGCAACGUUCAGGAGUGCCCUCCAGGAUCCACUGAUUUCCGGAAGUUUCAAUGUUCACUUUAUAACAACAAGCCAAUCCAGGGCAACAUGGUGAUUCACCAGUGGCUGCCGUUCUAUGGGGCUCCCAACCAAUGUGACCUCAACUGCCUAGCCAAAGGGAAGAAUUUUUACUACAGAUUUGGCCACGUUCUAGAUGGGACAAAAUGCAGCCCUAACUCAUCGGAUAUGUGCAUCAGUGGACAGUGUCUGAAAGUAGGCUGUGACAAUAUCCUCGGCUCGAAGGUCAGAAUGGACGUCUGCGGGGUGUGCGGUGGACGGAACAACUCCUGUGUCCUGGUCCGGAGAAUCUACCAAUCAGCAUUCCCCUCUUCUGGUUACUUUGGUUAUAAUAAUGUGACAGUGAUCCCUGCGGGAGCCACAAACAUCAAAGUUACAGACAAGAGCAGGAAUUACCUUGCAUUAAUAAAUGGCAAGAAUCAUUAUGUGAUUAAUGGGAACUGGAUCAUCGACAGGCCUGGUGAAUAUGAAAUUGCUGGUACCAAGAUACACUACAAACGUUCGGCUGGUAAUCAUGAGUCCAUUGAGGCUGCAGGACCAACAGCAGAAGAUCUCCAUGUGAUGGUUCUCCUUCAAGCAGCAAACUCGGGAAUUGAAUACGAGUUCUGGCUUCCUAACGAGCGCUACAGUCAUUACCAAGGUGGUCAUAGUCCACUGAGACAACCUGAGACUGCUGUAAUAGAGGCUGACCUUCCUCUGAGUUAUCUGCCCUGGGCACAAACCACCACAACAGUCUCCACUACCACCACAACAACCACCAGAAGGCCAGCCUUCUACCCAGGCUGGAUUUACCCUACACCGCGACCACCAGCUCGGCCUCAAGAUACUCAUUUUCAAAAUGUGCUGCCAAGACACGAGACGAAGCCCGACCACCAUCAGCCCAGUUACUGUAGAAGGUGUAAGAAAUCAAAAGGAAAAUCUCAAAGGAUUCAACAGUACUGCCAGAAAGAUUUUGUUUUUCGCGGAAGAAUCCUUGGGAAGAAAAUUGUGGGUUCAGAGACUCGAUACGAUGUACAAGUCAAGGAAACAUACAAGAACCUAUAUCCAAUAGUUCACAGGGAAUAUGUCUGGGUGCCAAACACAUGUGACUGUCCUUUCAUUCUGGAGAAGCGAGAGUACAUCAUGAUGGCGAGGCGGCACGUGAACUUUGAGCAGACACUGAAUCGAAUCCUUUUGGAACACAACAGCUUUGUGAGACUCUGGCAACCCAGGGAAGACUUGAUGAUGCGAGACAUGGCCAAGUAUUGCCAGCGGUACUCAUAAGGAAAUGUUUGUCAUGCACAAGGAAUUAGAACCUAAUGCUUUUAUGGAAAGAGCUCUUGACAUUGUGUAAGGAAACUAUAUCAUUUCAUCAAUUACAUUUAAACAGCCACUUGAAGCCUAUGUUAUGUAUCACUUUCUAAGCCAACAACAGCAGUCACUGGAAGAUGUUAUGCGAUGAUGAUUCUGUGGGCUAAGGCAAAAAUGUGUCGCACUGAGUUAUGGGAAAUGAGUUACUAUAGCUGCUUUAUCCUGGCCAAAUUGAAGUGAAACAAAGCAUGUCUUCAUGUUGGAAGGAGCAGUCAGAAGAUCUGAAGUUUAUUUAGUCAAUUUUAAACAGGACAGGUUUUGAUGCCAGAAAUGUUCUCUGUGAUGAACCAUUCAACAUGCAUUGUACCAUUAUACACAAGGUUGUUUAUAGUGGCAGAAGCUAUAUAUUCAAGGAAACAGCUAACCCAAUAUUACCUUGUGACUGGAGCACAAUGAUAGUAACACUGCUGAACCUCAAAGUAAUGCACUUAAUCGUUGCACCCCAGGUAUUCAACACAUCCAUUCUCUGGAACAUGCUUCCAUCUUUGGACAGUUUUUCAUUACUUAAAGAUCACUGGUCUACAGAAUACCUGACAUGUUCUGAAUUUUGGGUGAUGUACUGUGUGCCUGGGCCAAUCCUCUUAUUUCAAUUAUUUAAGUUCAUGUAUUAUCUAUCUCACUAGUAAAAUGAGGCUAAUCACUUUGCAUGGUACUUGACGUAUCUAAGCAUCAAAAACUUAAGAAAACAUUUUAUUGUACACCCUGUCAUUAAAAUUGUCAAAUAUUAAUUAUAUUAAAUCAUUUCACCUCUGCCUUUCACAUAUAUUCAACCAUUGAAGACAUUUAAUAUCAUCUACAAGCAAGGACUAUAAAAGUACCAAAAGGAUCCUAUUAUGUUAUAUAACAUAUCUUUCACAACAAGAUCAAAGACCUGCAUUUGUGCAUGUCUCUAAUGGAAAAUUAACAAGAGGAUUCAAAAGUUGUGAAUUAAAAUAACCAUUAAUG